AUGCUCUCUCUCACCCACGUCGUCCCCGUCUCUCCACCCGACCAUCCCCUCUCCCUGCACUGGACUUGUCUCUCUCCCGCAUCCUGCACCCCAUCUCCCUCGAGAGGGGCGUUCCUUACUCUCCCGUCCGCCCAUCCUCCUUCCUCCCGCACUCCAGACGCAUCCUCAUUGCCGCACGUGACCUGCGGCACACAUGCUGCUCCCUGUCUCACAUGCUGCUCCCUGUCUCAUGAGCGAUAUUUGGAUGGAUAUUUGCUCCCGCAUGUGAUCUCACCCACCUCCUCCAAGUAUCACUCUUCCGCCCAUCCUCCCGCCCUCCAGACGCAUCCUCAUUGUUGCACGAGCCACAGAGCAUGUGCGCACUCACGUGGGAAAUUCCCCAUCCUCCUGUCUGUCGGUCUGCCCACCUCCCCCCCUGCAGGGGUGUCAUCAGAGAGCUCAGCUCAUCAGAGAACCCUCUCACCGCCCCGCCCUACUCCAUCUCUCUCUCUCUUGCGGCUGUUGCCCCCUCUUGCAGAGGUCUCAUCACUCCCGCACGAGCUUCAGCGCAUGCUCUCACUCAUGAGGGAGCUUUCCCUUUUUUCUACUCCCUCUUCUGCCCAUCCCCCUUCCCCACCCUUGCAGAGCUGUCAUCACUCCCCCACGAGCUGCAGCGCAUGCUCUCACUCAUGCGAGGUGUCAUCAUUGCCCCACGAGCUACAGCGCAUGCUCUCACUCAUGCGGGAGCUGGACGGCCGAUGCCAAGCGCUGCGCAUGGAGAUUCAGAGUGACAUCCGGGCGGGGCUCACGGCCAUAGAGGAGAGGGAGGCGGCCCUCAGAGCGGCUGAUGCUGGCCCACCUGGCCAUGGGGAUGGGGAUGGGGAGGGGGAUGAGAGUGGGGGGGACGACGACGAUGCUGCUAGUGAGGGCGAUGCUGACGAUGAUGGGAAUGGGGAGGACGGCAGUGAGGGAGGUAAUGUGACGGUUGGCGCUGCUGUUGCUGAUGGUGGGUCUAACGGUGCCGCUGAUGGUGCUACUGAUGGGUGCAGUCAAGGCACGGCACGCGAUGAGGCCGAUGGGCUGUCAACACAGGUGGGGAACUCCCUUCUUCUUGGGCAAGAAGGUAUGCCUUCUCCUGCACCAGGCAGCGAACCAGCAGUGCGGGUUGAAGGCGGAAUACUUGCAGGGAAGGGUGAGAAGGAGGCAGGGGGAGGGGGGGAGAGGCGACCAAGGGGGAGACCGAGGAAGAGAGGGAGGGGGGAGAGGGAGGGCGUGGAUGGGGAGGGGUUUGUGGGUGGUAUGGUGAAGGUGGAGGAGGAGGUGGAGGAGGGAGGGGGGAGGAAGAGCAUCGGGAAGAAAAGGCCACGAGCACAGCAACACCAGGUGGGGCAGCAGCAGCAGCAGCAGCAGGUGGGGUUACAGCAGGAGGAGGAGGAAAGAAAGGGCGAGGCUGUGGUUGUAAAGGCAGAACUUUCCACUAUGACAGAGAGAGUGACAGGGGCAGCUGUGACCGAUGUGAUUCGUGCGUCUGCAGAGAGGGUGGCAGGGGGAUUGGAGGAGGAGGGGGCGGGGAGGGAUGGGCGGGAUGAUGUCGAUGGUGACGUCAGCGAUGAGAGGGAAGCUGCUCUGCGGAGGCUGAGGGAGGAAAUUUCCGAGAAGCAGGGGAAGAUGCGGGCAUUGUGUGAUGAGAAGGUCAUUCUGGCGCAGCAAGUGAGCGCGCUGGUGAGUGUGUGGCGCGUCGUGUGCAUGUUCAGUGGGGUGUGCAGCCAUCGUGUGCAUGUUCAGUGGGGUGUGCAGCCAUCGUGUGCAUGUUCAGUGGGGUGUGCAGCCAUCGUGUGCAUGUUCAGUGGGGUGUGCAGCCAUCGUGUGCAUGUUCAGUGGGGUGUGCAGCCAUCGUGUGCAUGUUCAGUGGGGUGUGCAGCCAUCGUGUGCAUGUUCAGUGGGGUGUGCAGCCAUCGUCAGCCCGCCAAUGACAAUGACAAUGACAACAAGGCCGCCAUGGCUGCCACCAGGGAUUUCGGAGCUACCAAUGUCGGUGCUCCCGAUGGUUACAAGUUCCAAUCAGCAUCUCUUGAGAAUCGUCUUUCAAAGAGGAACACGAGGAUAUAA